AUGGAAGAAUUACUAUCGCAGCAGCGAUUAGCUAUGCGCUCUGUCACACGCGCAUUGGAAAACUUUAAGAAGAUCGGCCGUGCAAAUCACACGUACGGCAUAGUUCGGAAUCGCCUUCAAACUCUCAAGGAGACUUACGCUCGAUGCGAGCUCCUGCACGCACAACUGCUCAAAGUCUCCACCAAGGAACAAAAGGAUUCCGAGAAAUACUUCAAGGAGAAUGUCUACAUGGAAUUGGAGGACGCCUACCUCGCAGCAUCGGACUACAUCUCCGAUGCCCUCGCCUCUCUCGAAGCAGAUCAAGCGGCAUCAAGUCCAGGGUUAUCCGUGAGUCAAUCACAGAAAUCCGAAAAAACUUUUACAUUACCGCGCAUUAAUUUGCCGAAAUUCUCCGGCGAUUUACGGGAAUGGGAAACGUUUCGCGAUCAAUUCCGCUCCAUGAUUAUCGAUCAUGCCGAGUUGUCGAAUGUUACGCGCUUGCAAUAUCUUUAUUCAUGUUUAAAGGACGAAGCACGCGAUGCGUUGCGUAAUCUCCCUUUGACCGAAGCUAAUUUUAAAAUCGCGUGGAAUGUACUGCUUGCGCGUUACGAUGAUAAACGUCGAUUAGUGUCGGAACAUAUUCAUACGCUUCAUACGCUACCGGCCGUUAAUACGGAUUCCGCUCAGGAUCUUAUGUCGCUUCGAGAUAAAGCUAAUAUGUCAAUUCAAGCGUUAAAAAAUCUCGGUCGUCCAGUUGAGUGGUGGGACGAUUUGCUCGUCUAUCUAGUCGUGCAAAAAUUAAAUAAAGCCACGCGUAAAGCAUGGGAAUUACAUUUAGGCGAUAAAACGGAAUAUCCGUCGUAUACGGAUCUUCAUAACUUUCUCGCAUCGCGAAUUCGAGCGUUCGAGAAUAUUCCAACGACCAGUACGGUCAAAACAAAACCGAGCAAGUCGUCCGUUCAAAGUCACACGACGACCGCUACCGGAGCUCAUUGUCCGCUUUGUAAACAAGAUCAUUUCUUGUCAGUAUGUCCUGAUUUCAAGAAGAAACAGGUUAACGAGCGUCGCGAUCUUAUUGUCAAAUUUAAACGAUGUCUCAACUGUUUAAGCGCUCGACAUUUCGCGAACACAUGUCCGAGUAAACAUAACUGUCGUCAAUGCCAACAAAGGCAUCAUACGAUGCUUCACGAAGCGACGACAUCAAGCGCGACCGAGAAUUCCCUUGAAUCCAACGAAACGAAUACGUCAAAUGAAAACAACGUCGUUUCACAUUUAAUUACGAAAACAACAUUUGACAAAUCUCGUGUUCUAUUAGCUACCGCGCGGAUUCAGGUGUGUUCUUCGUCUGGUCGCACAGAUGUCAUACGCGCAUUGUUAGAUCAAGGAUCUGUCACUAGAUUAAUUAGUGAAAAUCUCGCUCAACGGCUACGGUUAUCGCGAACACGCGUUGCUGUCUCGGUUACCGGAAUCGGUGAAACGCAAUCCGUCGCACGACAUACUGCUCUGAUUUCGGUAUCAUCUAAGACCGGCAAGGGUCCGUCAUACUCAACGACCGCAAUUAUUAUGCGCUCUCUGACUAAAUACACGCCGCCUAAAAUAGCAUAUCAAAUUUCUCUCGCCCAUUUAAGCGGCCUGCCAUGGGCUGAUCCGCAGCCCUCAAGUGCCGAUCCGAUCGAAAUGAUCAUCGGCGCUGAUCUAUACGGUGCUGUUCUGUUACCGGGCCUGUGCUCAGGUUCCUCUAAUCAGCCAACAGCACAAAAUUCCAUUUUCGGCUGGAUCAUGUCUGGUCCGAUUUCGACGAGUUCGUCUUCAAACAUGUCUAACGUGACAGUUAAUCAUACCACGUUGCACGACAAUCUCGAUGACGAAAUUCGUCAGUUCUGGGAAGUCGAAGAAUUUCUGCAAGUAUCAUACCUCACUCCUGAGGAACAACGUUGUGAGGAACAUUUCCGAGCAACUCAUUCUCGUGACUCUAAAGCCUGUUACACAAUUCGCCGUAGUCGCUGUUGGCAUACGCUAAUCGUACAUCGUACGUCGUAA